GCUACUCUGAUUCUAUUUUCAACUAAACUACUGUACAAUAACUCCGCAUCCAAUUUUCAUGAAUAAACUGUAUACAUUUGUUCGGCAGAAAAAUCUCGCGUCCAAUACAGUCGUACAAUGAAACCACAUCAAGCAAUAUUUAAGAACCUCUACUUUCGGCCAGAAACUGAACAAUAAACAAAGUCUCUCAUACAUUACAACUUGAAUUCGUGUACUCGACUCAAAUAAUCGACUGGUUUGCAUAUCGUCCGCAACUAUUCAGUGCUUGUGUUAACGACCUCAAAUCUCACCCUCAACCUUUCCGUGAUCCACUACAGAGCAUCGUCGGAUCUUCGAACAAAUGGCUUCUAACUCUGGAGGGUCCACCAGCGAUGUUCCAGAGAAUUUUCGCUCGUCGAGAGCGCAAACAACGGCCCCCGAAAGACAUACGCCAAGAAACCACAAUGUAUCCAGCACCGAGAGCAGCUUUAGAACAUCCUCUUCCACAGCUCCCACUACAGAUGAAUAUCCGCUGUCUUCAAUCCUUUCUGGAGAUAAUAGAGAGUAUACACCAACUGGCGAAAUUCCGUCAAGACUCCAUGAAAAUCACACCCGUCGAAUGGAUUCCAACCACCCGCGCAUCCCUGCAUCUUCCACACCUCGCACUACAGCGGAAUACCCGCUGAAUUUGAUCGCUACUACAGCAAGUAGCCGCUCGUCCACAGUUCGAACAACGACUGUCUCGACGACUGUCAGAUAUGGUUCAGAAAGCCUCAACGAUACGAGCCUUAGGGCCAGAAAUAUCGACCGAGCUCGGCUUUCCCGUGAUCGACUUGAACCUUACAACUUAGAUGCUCCAAGAAACAGACGUCAUACCCCGCGUGUGCAUUUCUCGGAUGAUAUCGACGAAACACCUUCUGAUUCGCACCCUACGGUUGACGCUUAUUACAACUCUUAUAUACGACGCAUAAGCGAAGGUCAUGGCAUGGUUCCCGAACGGGACUAUGCUCCAACAAGACAUGAUCCUUCGAUGGCCGAAACAACAAGAAGCUAUACAAAUACUUCAAACCCCAGUCAAGUCGCUUCUCCGAGAAGAUAUCGGCCUUUCCCGCUUACAACAUCCACAACCUUUAUGGAUCUGCCGGAUCUCGAUCGAGUCUAUAGUAAUUCGAGAAGACAAACUCAUUUUCCGCGUCCAACAGCCACAAGCUCUGUCAGUAUGUCAAAUCCCAUUUCGGCUUCUACUCCUAAUAUCGAACAAGCACAAACAACUCCCGAAGUCAGCUCACCACAAGUUCCCGAGGCGCCAACCGCCGCCAGCACAGACGAAUGUCCCAUCUGUAUCUCUCCACUCAUUGCUCCUCUCAAUGCCAUCCUCGUGCACCCAUGCCGUCACGCAUUCUGCCUCAAGUGUAUUCAGACAUGGAUUCGAACCCAGCGACAAAGCCUCCAUGCCCGAUCUGUAAACUGUCCCUUUUGUCGAGGACCCAUUAACAGAAUCGUGGACCGGGAUGGAAAUAUUGUAGAAUAUCAGAUAAACAACGUCCCAACUGCGCGGGCGGAACGCAUGGGAGGAUGGAGAAGAUCGAUUAUAGAUGCACUUGCGAAUGGUAUUGAUCCAACGCCAAGAGCUUUGCGAACAAUGGGUGGUGUGGGUGCGUCUGAUGAGUUCAGAAGAACGUUGAAUAGGGUGGGACCUGCGGGGAAUAUUAGUGAGCAGAUUGCAAGAGUGCGAGAAAGAUUGGAUGACGCGGAUGCAAAUUCGAGUCGACCGUCGAACGCGAAUGAUUUACCGAACGGGGCUUUGGGCUGGUGGACUUGAGAGGUAGCUUGUGUUGAUCAAGGAGUAUGGAGAGAUGGGGGGCUCUGAAGGUUGAUUAAAGGAGCAUAUGAGAGAAAGGGAAACGCAUGGUAUUCUGGAUGUAUGGGAAUUAGUAUUCGAGUGCAAAUUCACGAUGAGAGUAUCA